AUGUCGAGUCCAGCCAAAAAGCGAAAGAGAAAUGGAGCCAAUACAUCGCCGCAGCCGACCCGCGGUAUAAAAUCAUUUUUCAGGGAACAAACCAGCGAACAAUCGAAAGCACCGGAGCCCGACGUCACCGAGCAAACCCUCUCCGAUGAAGCGCUCGCGCGCAAGCUACAGGCCGAGUGGAAUGAGCAGGAAACUGUUACUGCUCCGUCCGAAGCUGUUCAAAUAGCAGAUUUAGAGACUAAUCCAGCUCCAACUACCUCAGAUUCGCCAAUUGCACCCCCGGCGCCGGCGACACCGAAGAAGAGUACUCUGUCACUACAGUCAUCAGCAGGCACAGAGGAUACAAUAUCCCUUGCUAUUCCGCUAGACCAGAACCCCCAGACCUUUGACGCAAGUCAAUAUGCAGCAGAAUUGCGGUCGCAUUGGGCCGACAAUGGAGGAGAUGCUUCUUACGCCUUAUUAACGAGAGCGUUUGUUCUAGCGAACGCGACGAGCAGUCGAAUCAAGAUUGUCGAUACACUGGUCAACUUUCUCCGAGUGCUGAUCGAGGGGGAUCCGUCAAGUAUUCUGCCCGCUGUGUGGCUAGCAACAAACUCCAUAUCACCCCCAUACGAUGAACUCGAGCUAGGACUGGGAGGCUCUUCCAUCUCCAAGGCGCUGAAGAAGAUAUACGGCCUCAGUAGCCAAGGACUCAAAACGCUUUACGAUAAACACGGCGAUGCAGGGGAUGUUGCGUUCGAAGCCAAAAAGCGACAGUCGUUCACCCUGGUCAAACCGAAGCCGUUGAGAAUCAAAGGGGUUUACCAUUCACUCAUGAAAAUCGCCACUAGUAAAGGAACUGGCAGUCAGGAGACCAAGCAAAGAAUCGUGGAGAAGCUCUUGCAGGAUGCGCGGGGUGCCGAGGAGAGUCGUUACAUUGUCCGGACAUUGGUCCAGAAUCUGCGAAUUGGCGCAGUCAAGACGACGAUGCUCAUUGCUCUUGCGAGGGCCUUCUUAUACUCCAAGCCUGCAGGGGCAGGUUUUGAGGUCCGACCGCUGGAUCAACUUGCGCGAUUGAAGAAAGACGAGCUUGCAGAAAUAUACAGCAAUGCGGAAGAAAUUGUCAAAGCCUCAUACGCUAGACAUCCUGAUUACAAUGACCUGGUGCCCUGCUUGUUGGAUAUCGGGCCCACAGACGAGCUGUUGAUCAGAUGUGGCCUUACAAUGCACAUCCCCCUACGGCCCAUGCUGGGCAGCAUCACACGCGAUCUCUCGGAGAUGCUGACGAAGCUCCAAGGGCGAGACUUCAGCUGCGAGUACAAGUAUGACGGGCAACGUGCGCAGGUGCACUGCGACGAGCAAGGGAAAGUUUCCAUUUUCUCGCGCCAUCUAGAACUCAUGACGGGGAAGUAUCCGGAUCUUGUAUCCUUGGUUCCGCAAAUACGGGGCGAAGGUAUCUCCAGCUUCAUACUGGAGGGAGAAGUGGUCGCUGUAGACCGUGAGACUGGCGACCUCCUACCCUUCCAGGUCUUGGCCAACCGUGCGAAAAAGAACGUCGAGCUCGGAGACAUCAAAGUAAACGUGUGUCUCUUCUCAUUCGACCUCAUGUACCUCAACGGCGAGCCUCUGCUCGACCGCUCCUUCCGAGAACGCCGCGAACUCCUCCGCAGCCUCUUCGUGGAAAUCCCAAACCUCUUUACUUGGGUAAAGAGUAUGGACGCGUCAUCCGCAGACUCAGAAUCCAUCCUCGAGUUUUUCAAAUCCGCCACCGAGGUCAAAUGCGAAGGCAUCAUGGUCAAACUCCUCGACAACGAAACCAACACCACCACCAACCAACCGCCCACCUCCCUCUCAACCACAGACACCGAACAACCAGUCCACCAGUCCGAAACCCCCACCACCAAACCCAAAGAAAAAGCAAAAGAAAAAUCCAGCCGCCGCAAACCCCUCCUCUCAACCUACGAACCUGACAAACGGCUCGAAUCCUGGCUAAAAGUAAAAAAAGACUACUCCUCCUCCUCAGAAACCCUCGACCUAAUCCCCGUCGCCGGCUGGCACGGCCAAGGCCGCAAAGCAAAAUGGUGGUCGCCGAUCCUACUCGCCGUCCGCAACCCAGAAACCGGCACCCUGGAAGCCGUAACGAAAUGCAUGUCCGGCUUCACGGACAAAUUCUACGCAUCCAAUAAAGAGAAGUACGCACCGGGCUCGGCAAACCUCAUCUCCCGGCCCAGUUACGUUGAUUACCACGGCGAACCGGAUGUCUGGUUCGAGCCGCAGGAGGUGUGGGAAAUGGCGUUCGCGGAUAUCACGCUUAGUCCCACUUAUCCGGCUGCUAUUGGGCUCGUUAGUGAGGAUCGUGGAUUGAGUUUGCGGUUUCCGAGGUUUUUGGGCGUUAGGGAGGAUAAGUCGAUUGAUGAGGCUACUACGGGGGACUAUUUGGCUUUGUUGUGGAGGAAGCAGGGGGAGAGAGCUGCGGGUGGGGAGGGGGAGGGGGAGGAGGAAUUAGAGUAA